AUGGAAUGCAGCGAUACACCUACUGAUAGUCCUUCCUUUUCGGACGAUGAACCAGAUUACGAUUAUGGUUGGUUCAUUCUGUUCAAUUAUAUUUCUGUUAGCAUUCAUUCAUUGAAAAGACCACAUUUAGAUGACUUUUACUGUAAUGGAGAAAAUUGCGCUAUGGAGAUGUUCGAAAGAGAGGAUCCGGAAUAUAUUGAGUACGCAUGCCUAAAAGUUCCGGAGGUCGAACGUCUCUUGCAAGAAACUAUGGAUCAUGUCGUUUCAACCUUGAAUGUAUCAUCUUCACUUGCCAAACUUCUCCUCUAUUUUUACAAGUGGGACGAUUCCACAUUAAUCAAAUUGUAUAGCAUUGAUCCUUGUAAAGUUCUUGUCGAUUGCUUUGUAUGCGCUGGUUCUUCAAAGCAACAGUCAGACGUAAUAAGCUGUGUGGUUUGUACAAGGUUACAAGGAGAAUGUACCAAAAUGUAUGCACUGGACUGUGGACAUAGUUUUUGUUCAGCUUGCUGGCUGAAAUAUAUCGAAACACAGCUUUGUAAUGGCUUAUCAAUCACGUUAGCUUUUAUCUUAUCACUUAGGAUCAGCUGCAUGGCAAAUGGAUGUACAUUACUGUGUUUAGAAGAUUUUGUACUAAGGAUAUUGAACGAACGCACAGAAAUAAGAGAUAAGUAUAAAAGGUUGGUAUUCAAGGACUGUGUUGAAUCACAUUCACAGUUGCGAUUUUGUCCGGGUGUUGAUUGUCAUAUCGUUAUCAAGGCACAGUGUCAAAAAGCGAAGAAAGUUACUUGCACCAGUUGCCGAAUUUCUUUUUGUUUUCAAUGCGGUUGUGAUUAUCAUGCGCCGACUUCUUGCGAGACAAUACGCAAAUGGUUAACAAAAUGUGCUGAUGACAGUGAAACUGCCAAUUAUAUAAGUGCGCAUACGAAGGAUUGUCCCAAUUGUCAUUCAUGUAUCGAAAAAAAUGGUGGUUGCAAUCAUAUGCAGUGCGCCAAGUGCAAGCAUCACUUUUGUUGGAUGUGCUUUGGAGACUGGAAGAACCAUGGAAGCGAAUAUUAUGAGUGUAGUCGCUAUAAGGAGAAUCCAUCUAUAGCCCAAGAAGCAAAUCAUGUCAAAGCUCGUCGUGCACUUGAAAAAUAUUUACAUUAUUAUGAACGUUAUGAAAAUCACCACAAAUCGCUUAAGUUGGAAGAAGAUUUGCGGAAUUGUAUAAUGAAAAAAAUCGAUGAGAAAGUGAACGGGCAUGAAGGAACAUGGAUUGAUUGGCAGUAUUUGCAUAGAGCAGCCACACUGCUUACAAAAUGUCGUUACACGUUGCAGUAUACUUAUCCAUAUGCAUAUUAUAUGGAAAAUGGACCAAGAAAACAGUUGUUUGAAUAUCAGCAAGCUCAGUUGGAGAAGGAGAUUGAAGAAUUAUCGUGGAAAGUUGAAAGGGCAGAAAGUACGGAGCGAGGUGAUCUGGAAACACAAAUGCAUGUGGCAGAAUGUAAACGACGUACACUUCUCGAAGAUUUCUUCGACUAA